AUGGUAAACUAUGAAAGCCACCCAAUCCGUCAUGAAAGGUAUUAUUCGCAUGACGACUAUGACCGCCAAUCGUUACAUCCCAGGACAAGAGAAAGGCAAUUACGGCGAUGGGAUGGGCUGCAUAGCUUGGAAUGGAUUCCGUUUGGAAAAGGCCAUGCACUUCCUACACGUGCCGUUGAGUACUCCACCAACGCAGGCGCUGCAAUAUAUAUUGCACGAGCUAGACACGCGGGAUCUGUGACGCCAGGGUUCUUUAGCAUAAACGAAAAACGAUGCUACAUAGCCUGGGGCGGGCUGGCACAUAAAAAGCUGGAAUGUGAAAUCCUUUGCACACCGGGCGAGUUUGUGCCUUGUACUACUACGAAUAUAUUGCUGCAUGGUACGCCAGUAGGGGUUUCCGAAUUUGGCGAACCUCUGUACAUCGGGAGAGUUAAAAAAGAAACGGAACUGGUGUACGGGAAAGUUCAACGUUCGCACCAAGUGUGCUACAUACCGGUGGAUAGGAAGGAAAAGUUUGAUAAUGAUUAUGAAAUAUUCAUCAAAUUCCCAGACAACUUAACUCGCGCUGUAACAGUUUAGGCUUGGGUUGGGGUUGAUUUUUAAACAUAUAUGCUUAAGUAAUCGCAUCUGUAAAACAGAACCCGAUUAGCUUUCGAGGAGUUGCUUAAAUAAUGUACAUAACGUAAAAGUUCUUUCUUUUGAAGAAAAAUACAUAAA